GCAUCGUUGCGGUCGCGUCGCGGUGAAUAAAUGUUCGAGAUCGCGAACUUUUGCGCGGCACGGAGGCGGUCCGCGAUGAGCAGGAGGUAUCUGCAAGAGAGGAUACAGUCGAAGUUUCAAUCUUGCUGGAUGACGCAAUUGCUCUGUUCGACGUGUUUAUAAUCCGUGGCUCGGCCGCUGAUCUGGACUCAACAUCUCUCAGCCAUUCCUCCCACCAACUCACAAUGCCCGUCUCAAUGCCUAUCAACACGCUAAAAGGCACCUGGCAGCGCCUUGUCAAGAACGACCGCCUCAAACGCUCUUCCCAGGUACUCUCAGUUAUCGACAAUCAAGUAUGCAUAUUCGGAGGAGAAAUUCAGCCUCGCCAACCUGUUGACGAUAAAGUCGAUAUCAUUACUUUGAGCCCUGACGCACCCAACCACGACACAAAGUCCACCUCCGAAGCGCCAACCCCUCGCGUCGGCACCGCCUCCGCCGUCAUCAAAGAUGCUCUCUACAUCUUCUCCGGCCGUGGCGGCGAAGCCAUGACCCCCGUCGACGACGCCGGCGCCGUCUGGCGCUACACCCCGGCCACGCACUCGUGGAGCAAGCUCACGCCUGCCGACGCCGCUGCACCCGUCCCGCCCCCCCGUAGCUACCACUGCGCUGCGUCUGACGGCACGAGCACAGUGUACAUCCACGCGGGCUGCCCGUCGUCCGGACGGCUCGCCGAUCUCUGGGCCUUCGACGUCGAAGCGCGGGCGUGGACGCAAUUACCUGAUGCGCCGGGGCCGCCCAGAGGCGGCUCGGGGCUGGCAUUCAGUGGCGGGAAGCUGUUUCGGAUGCAUGGCUUUGAUGGGAGUGCGGAGGUGGGCGGUUGCGUGGACGUUUUUGAUGUUAGUGCAAAGACGUGGAGUGUGAAGGAGUUUGGGGCGGAUGGGAGGGAUGGACCUGAGGCGAGAAGCGUGUGCACGGUGCUGCCGGUGCAAUUGGGGCGCAAGCAGAAGCUGAUCACGCUGUUUGGAGAGAGGGAUCCGAGUUCAUUGGGACAUGCGGGAGCGGGGAAGAUGCUGGGGGAUGUGUGGGCAUAUGAUAUUAGUGAGGAAUGGUGGACAAAGCUGGAGCCGAAUGCUGGGGAUGAGGGGAAGCCGGCGAGUAGAGGAUGGUUCGAUGCGGAUGUGAUCAAGGGAGAGGGGAUGGGCAAUGACAGUGUGGUUGUGCACGGGGGGUUGGGAGAGGACAACGAGAGACUGGACGACGUCUGGUUGCUGAAGUUCUAAGCAUGUCAUUAGACUUUUAAUCAGAAAUAGUUAGGAGUAUGCUCCAUGUUUACUCAAUUGAGGCUCAAGGCUAGUGCCCCACUAAUCCUCACCUAUUUUCUACCAAGCCACCCAC